AUGGGGAGGGAGAUUGACAAGAAGCGAUUGGAUGCCACUUCUUCUACCGUUGUCGCGUCAGGGGCUCGUCAACAUCUCCGCGGCAAGAAGAGUGGACACAAUCACGCCCGAACGAAGCGAGAUAUACUCAGGGAAAACCUAGAAGAGGAAUGGGAUAUCGACCUUCGAUUCCUUCCUGAAGGCAUGGAGCGGCGAAAGUCGAAUCAAUCGACAUGGGAUGUCAGGUCAAAAAAAGGAUACCUUACGGCACAGUUUCGUUUCCAUCGUUCAUUUCCACCUCGACCCAAUAAAAUGGAUCAUGAGCGGCACCACUCAGAGGACUCAUUCAUCCUUCUUUCACAUCGCAACGAACUCGAUACCUCCGUCUAUACGUCUCUUCACAAGAUACUACAAGAAAGGAACACCGCGAAACGAGACAGGAAGAAACAAGAUCCUCAGCGACCGAUUCCGGAAACCCAGCCCACGACAAUUGGUCAAUCUGCGGAGGGAAUGGGCAGUAGUCGAGUGCCUCCUUGGGUAUCCGAGAUGGUGCACGAGGGAGAGUCGUGUGCGUACCAGGUGCUCAUCGCCGCUCAUGAUAUCGUGGAACCGACCAGCACAACAACAAAUCAUCCUAUCACGAGAAGGAGGUACCGAGAGAUCCAGAGUGCCACAAACUUUGGCGAAGCUCUCAAAGGCAUGACGAUCGUCGAAUUUCCAACGUUCGAAGUGGUUCCCAAGGGGAACUACAGUGCCCUUUUGGAAGGAGCCGAAAAGGAUCAAUCACCAGCAGAUACGAUACGUCGACUCUGGGCAUUUGACGAAAACGAGGAAGAAGAAGAGUUUGAAGAGAGACCAAGGAAGAGGCGCAAGGUGGACCCAGAGGCUGGCAAGAAGCUCCUUGGAGGAUUGCUCGCAUAUGGUGAAGAUGACGAAGAUGAUUCGCUCGUUGAAGCCCCGCUCCUGACAUCUGAGGCGCGCCCUACAGGCCUCUCUCUGGCGUAUUCGAGCGAAGAUAGUGAGGGCAGUGACUCGAUGAAUGCAUCUCAGCUUCCUCAAGCGCCGCCUGAUGGAGACGAGGUUGAUUGGGACUAA